AUGGUCGCCGCAAUUAAUGGCUUCAGAGUCACCGAGAUUAGCCCCGGGUUUGGUGCUGAGAUUUGUGACUUCAAUGCCGCGGACGACAUGACAGAAGAAAAUUUUCGUCGUCUCCAAGAGGUUGUAACUACGUAUGGGGUUGUAGUGAUCCGCGAGUCUCAAUUAACAGACGAAACUCACAUCAAACUAGCCCACAUGUUUGGAGAUCUGGAUGAUGUCAAGCCAUAUGUUGCUGCAGGACGGAAAAAUAGACUCAAGUAUGACGAACUCUUUGACGUUAGCAACGUUGAACUGGACGGCACCAUUGUUGAUCCAAGCAGUCCUCGCGGGCAGGCGAAUAAGGGAAACGGUCUAUUUCAUGUCGAUUCCAGUUUCAACCCUCGUCGAGCCGGAUAUUCCCUCUUGCUUGCUCACGAACUACCGCCUGCCGGCACGGGCGGCAAAACGGCAUUUGCCGAUACAAGGACUGCAUUUGACGAGCUAGAUGACGGCUUGAAGCAAGACCUCCUGGCAAACGAUUAUGUCGGGGCGCAUUCUAUUCUACACUCGAGGAAACUUGCCGCCCCCGAGUAUUUUGCAAAUGUUGAUCCUUCUCAACAUCCAAUGGGUCGUCACAGAAUUGUCCAGCGCCAUGAGAGAUCUGGCCGAAUGAAUCUCUACAUCGCAGCACAUAUACACCACAUUGAGAAUCUCAGCGAGGAAGCAUCAAAAAUUCUCUUUGACAAAGUUUUCACUCAUGCAACCCAACCAAAAUACGUCAUCGAGCUUGAGUGGAAGCAUCCUGGAGAUUUGGUUAUUUGGGAUAACACUUGCACAAUGCACCGUGUAGUAACGGGGCCAUUCAGUUCCAAGUACAAGAGAGACAUGCGACGAGCAACUGUUCAUGACUCUAGUAGUAGCGCAUGGGGACUAAAUGAGCAUUCGGAUAUUCGACAAGGGUUGCCAUAA